AUGGGAGGCCACUCAUCUGGCAAUGCGGCUUAUGAUGCCGCGCUACAAAGACGUCAGGCAUUGAUGGGAGCUAGUGGUGCAAGGGCUCUUGUCAAGAAUUGGAAAGUCGCCCGCAUCGCUGCCUUUGCCUGCAUUGGCGGUGUCUUGUACGGCUAUAACCAGGGCAUGUUCUCCGGUAUUCUCGCUAUGCCGUCGUUCGACAAGCAUAUGGACGGAUACACAAAGAACCCAACCCAAAAAGGCUGGCUGACAUCAAUUCUCGAGCUUGGCGCUUGGGUCGGUGCUAUCUUAUCCGGCUUCAUCGCUGAAGUUUGCUCCCGUAAAUACGGUGUGCUCAUUGCGACUGGUGUUUUCAUGCUCGGUGUUAUUGUCCAAAUUUCUUCUAUUUCUGGUGGCCACGAGGCAAUUCUUGGAGGAAGAUUCGUCACCGGUAUGGGUGUCGGAAGUCUUUCUAUGAUUGUCCCACUUUACAAUUCAGAAUGCGCACCACCUGAGGUUCGAGGUGCUCUUGUAGCUCUACAGCAGCUGGCCAUCACUUUUGGCAUCAUGAUCAGCUUUUGGAUUCAGGACUACGGGUGCAACUACAUCGGCGGCACCACCGAAGACACACAGUCAGAUGCCGCGUGGCUUGUUCCGAUCUGCCUGCAAUUGGGUCCCGCUAUCAUCCUCUUUGUGGGAAUGAUCUGGAUGCCAUUCUCCCCGCGUUGGCUCAUUCAUCACGGUCGGGAGCAGGAAGCCAGGAAGAUCCUCGCUGAUCUCCGAGACCUCCCUGAGAACCACGAGCUCAUCGAGUUGGAGUUCCUCGAGAUCAAAGCUCAGUCGCUAUUCGAGAAACGAAGCACGGCCGAGCUCUUCCCCCAUCUGAAGGAGCAGACCGCUUGGAACAUUUUCAAAUUGCAGUUCGUCGCCAUCAAGGCUCUUUUCCAGACCAAGGCCAUGUUUAAGCGAGUAAUCGUCGCAACUGUGACUAUGUUUUUUCAACAAUGGACAGGUAUCAACGCUGUCCUCUACUAUGCUCCUCAGAUCUUUAGUCAAUUGGGCCUGAGUCAAACAACCACAAGCUUGCUUGCCACCGGUGUCGUUGGUGUGGUCAUGUUCAUUGCAACCAUUCCUGCCGUGCUAUGGAUUGAUCGCGUCGGCCGAAAGCCUGUCCUCAGCAUUGGUGCUAUUGGCAUGGGAACCUGCCAUCUCAUCAUUGCUGUCAUUCUUGCCAAGAACAUCGAUAGAUUUGAUCAGCAACCAGCUGCUGGUUGGGCCGCGGUGUGUAUGGUUUGGCUGUUUGUGGUCCACUUUGGAUACUCUUGGGGUCCUUGUGCGUGGAUUAUCAUCGCUGAAGUUUGGCCUCUGAGCACUCGGCCAUAUGGCGUAUCUCUCGGAGCUUCCAGCAACUGGAUGAACAACUUCAUUGUUGGACAAGUCACCCCAGACAUGCUGACAAGCAUCAACUAUGGCACAUAUAUCUUGUUCGGCCUAUUGACCUACCUUGGCGCCGCAUUCAUCUGGUUCAUAGUCCCGGAGACGAAGCGUCUUUCUUUGGAAGAAAUGGACCUGGUUUUUGGCUCUGAAGGCACCGCCGCUGCGGAUUUUGAGAGGAUGGAAGAGAUCAACAACGAAAUCGGCUUGAGUGCAGUGCUGAACCGCGCCUCGCCUGGUGGAGGAUUCUCCAAGUCGGAUGACUUGGAGAAAAAGGAACUUGAUGCUGCUUCGGCCGAGCAACACUGA